GUUGGAAGCGCCGACCUCGAGAGCGCCGGGACCGAAGACCCCGCGCGAACGGCUGCCUGCGCUCCUUGGGUUUGGGCAUGAGGGAGCCCCGGCGAAUGUGAACAUGGACCCUGUCGCUGGAGACCUUUUCAGGAUGCUCUUUCUUUUGUCUGUUCAGCCCUGGAAUACAGUAGUAGCAGGGGAUAUGUAUACCUGUGAUACUCCGCUGGCAUCUGCCCUGCCCCGGGAAUCAUUCAGUAGCUCCUCUGAGCUGUCUCCAAGCCAUGGCCCCGGAUUUGCCAGUCUUAAUCGCAGAGAUGGAGCUGGUGGCUGGACCCCCUUUGUGUCAGAUAAAUACCAGUGGCUACAGAUUGACCUUGGAGAGAGAAUGGAGGUCACAGCUGUGGCUACACAGGGAGGAUAUGGCAGCUCUGACUGGGUGACCAGCUAUCUCCUGAUGUUCAGUGAUGGUGGGAGGAACUGGAAGCAAUAUCGACGAGAAGAAAGCAUCUGGGGUUUUCCAGGAAACACAAAUGCAGACAGUGUGGUACACUACCGACUCCAGCCUCCUUUCGAAGCCAGGUUCCUGCGGUUCCUCCCCUUAGCCUGGAACCCUAAGGGCAGGAUUGGCAUGAGGAUUGAAGUAUAUGGAUGUGCCUAUCGAUCUGAGAUGGUUAAUUUUGAUGGAAAAAGUUUAUUGCUGUACACAUUUAAUGAGAAAUCCACAAGUCCAACAAGAGAUGUUAUUUCUUUAAAAUUUAAAACCAGGCAGAAGGAUGGAAUUCUACUCCACAGAAAAGGACAGAAUGGCAAACACAUGACCCUGGAGUUAGUUAAAGGAAAACUCAUCUUAUUCCUUAAUUCAGGCAAUGCCAAUCCACCCUACACUGAUGCCCUUAUGAAUCUCACUCUGGGGAGCCUGCUGGAUGACCAGCACUGGCACUCCGUCCUAAUCGAGCUCCUCAACACACAGGUCAACUUCACCGUGGACAGGCACACCCAUCAUUUCCAGGAGAAGGGCGAGUCCAGCUAUUUGGAUCUUGAUUAUGAGAUCAGCUUUGGAGGGAUUCCUGGUGAUAGGAAAUCAGUGGUGUUCCCACACAAAAACUUUUAUGGCUGUCUCGAAAAUAUCUAUUACAAUGGAGUGGAUAUUAUUGAUUUAUCCAAGAAACACAAACCACAGAUCCUCAUUAUGGGAAAUGUUUCCUUCUUCUGUUCACACCCUCAAACGGUCCCUGUGACUUUUCUGAGCCCGAAGAGUUACUUGGCUUUGCCAGGCACAUCCAGGAAGGAGGAAGUGUCCAUCGCUUUCCAGUUUCGAACAUGGAACAGAGUGGGUCUUUUGCUGACCAUUUCGCUUCAGCAUGGGUCCACUACUCUCAGUCUUAUUCUACAUGAUGGAAAACUCAAGCUGAGUCUCUCCCAGCCUGGGCAUCCAGUGAGAGAUGCCACAGUAGGUGCUGCACUAGAUGAUGGGCAGUGGCAUUCUGUGUCCUUGUCCACUAAAAGGACUAACCUGAUUGUGAUGGUGGAUGAUGAUGCAGCGUCCAUGUCUCACUCCCUGCAAGGGCAGAUUGAUUUGGGUGACACCUAUUAUUUGGGGGGCUGCCCUGACGGUGACUCAGGAUGUAGAAGUCCGCUGGGGGCAUUUCAGGGAUGUCUCCGGCUCAUCUCUUUUGACAGCAAGGCAGUGGAUCUCAUUUCGGUGCAGCAGGGGGCGCUAGGGAGUUUCCGUGAUCUCCAGAUAGACACUUGCGGCCUCACGGACCGGUGCUUGCCCAGCUAUUGUGAACAUGGUGGUAAAUGUUCCCAGUCCUGGGACACCUUCUCCUGCGACUGUAGUCACACUGGUUACAUGGGCGCAACCUGCCAUUCCUCACUCUAUGAGCAGUCCUGUGAAGUCUACAUGCACAGGGCCAACUCUUCAGGGCUCUACUAUGUCGACUCCGAUGGAAGCGGCCCCCUUGGACCAACUCUUGUAUAUUGCAACAUGACAGACACUGCAUGGAUCUCAGUGCAGCAUGAUGGCUCCCACAUGGCCAAGGUCAAAAGCACCGGUGGAGAAAGUCCCCAUCCUGUGUUUUUCAAAUACAAAGCCAGCAUGGACCAGCUCCAAGCCAUAAUUGAUCGUGCGGAUCAUUGCCAUCAGGAGCUGGCUUUCCACUGCAAGAAGUCACGGCUUUCAACUCGCAACAAUGGAACCCCAGUGAGCUGGUGGGUUGGAAGAACCAAUGAAACACACACUUACUGGGGAGGCUCUCUGCCUGAUGCUCAAAAAUGUACUUGUGGAUUAGAGGGGAACUGCAUUGAUUCUCAAUAUUACUGCAACUGUGAUGCUGCCCGGAAUGAAUGGGCUAGUGACACUGUAGUGCUUUCCCAUAAGGAGCACCUGCCAGUCACUCAGAUUGUGACAACAGACACAAGCCAACCACAUGCUGAAGCAACUUACUCCUUGGGGCCUCUGCUCUGCCAGGGAGACAAUUUAUUUUGGAAUUCAGCUUCCUUCAAUACAGAAACAUCAUACCUUCAUUUUCCUACAUUCCAUGGAGAGCUUAGUGCUGAUGUAUCCUUCUUUUUUAAGACAACUGCUCCCUCUGGGGUGUUUGUAGAGAAUCUGGGGAUCAUGGACUUCAUCAGGUUGGAAUUGCACUCUCCCUCCCAAGUGACCUUCUCCUUUGAUGUGGGGAAUGGACCUUGUGAGGUCACAGUGCAGUCCCCCACUCCCUUUAACGACAAUCAGUGGCACCAUGUGAGGGCAGAGCGGAACAUUAAAGAAGCAUCUCUUCAAGUGGAUCAGCUCCCUCCAAAGACCCAACCAGCCCCCGCUGACGGGCACGCUCGCUUGCAGCUCAACAGCCAGCUUUUUGUGGGUGGCACCGCAACCAGACAGAGAGGUUUCCUGGGAUGCAUUCGGUCCCUGCAGUUGAAUGGGUUGGCCCUGGACCUGGAAGAAAGAGCCACGAUGACACCAGGAGUGGAACCAGGGUGCCCAGGCCACUGCCGCAGCUAUGGUCACCUGUGCCGCAACGGCGGGCAGUGUAGAGAGAAGAGGAGGGGGAUCGCCUGCGACUGCACCUUCUCUGCCUACAACGGGCCCUUCUGCACAGAGGAAAUUUCUGCAUAUUUUGGAACUGGCUCAUCAGUUAUCUACAGUUUCCAAGAACAUUAUAAUCACACCUUCAGUAAGAACUCCAGCUCCUUGGCAGCUUUAUUUCACGAGAAUCUGACACUGACCAGAGAAAUGACCACAUUGAGUUUCCGAACCACAGGGACUCCCAGUUUACUGCUGUAUGUAAGCUCCUUCUCUGAGGAAUACCUCUCUGUUAUCCUUGCCCCCAAUGGAAGUUUACAGAUCAGGUAUAAGCUGGACAGACACCAAGAACCUGAUGUUUUUAACCUUGGUUUUAAAAACAUGGCUGAUGGGCAGCUUCACCAGGUGAAGAUCAGCAGAGAAGCAGCAAUGGUCUAUGUGGAGGUUAACCAGAAUGCAAGGACACAAAUCAUCUUGUCAUCAGGGAUGGAAUUCAAUGCUGUCAAAACCCUUACUUUGGGGACAAUUUUAGAGUCCUCCAGCACUGACCCGGACACGCGGCUGGCGGGCGCGCGCGGCUUCACCGGCUGCCUGUCGGCGGUGCGCUUUGGGCCGGCUGUUCCGCUGAAGGCGGCGCUGCGCCCGGAAAGUCCAGGGCGGGUCACAGUCCGCGGACACGUGGUCUCAGCUUCCCGCUGUGCCGAGGGACCAGGGCCUGGCGCCCCAGCGCGGGAGGCUACCCGGCCGCUGGCGGCUGGCUCAGGUCGUUCUGGACCGACAGAUGAGGGACAGCCCUUAGUUAAUGCGAACAGAAGUGAUUCCGCGGUAAUCGGAGGUGUUAUAGCAGUUGUGAUAUUUAUCUUGCUCUGCUUCGCUGCCAUAGCAAUACGCAUUUAUCAGCAGAGAUGGUUAUACAAAAAAAAUGAGUCAAAUGUACCCCAAAAUGCAGAUAAUGCUGAGACUUCUCUGAAAAGUGAGCUUAACCUGCAAAGUGCAGUCAAUGAAAGCCAGAAGGAGUAUUUCUUCUGAUCCACUGCUGUGGGGUACUUGAGAGGAGGAGACUUGCUUGCCUAGCAGGGCCUUCCCUUGACCCCAGGAUGGGUGAUGGGUGUGGAGCAUCACCAGCCACAUUGUGACCAGCAUCAGACACCGUCCUGGGAGGCUCUGCUCAGUGCUCCAGUGCUCCUUUGUCUGUAGAACCGGGUCUUCAGUGUGCUAAUGAAUCACUACUGAGAGUUUCUCACUGAUCUUCUAAAAUUGAAAUAUAUUUUGCAUAAUGACUUGGUUUUAAAUGAGAGCAAGAAUUUGAGCUGUAGCCCUAGUCUUAAAAAUACAACACAACAGAUUAUGAAAGUCAAAGUUGAAGUUGGACUCUAAUGCUUUGUGUUACAUGAAGUCUAGGCUGUGGUGCUUUAUCAGUUCCCGGCUGACAUUUGUGAACCAGAAUGUGCUUCCUAGAGGGCUUCAGCAGGGUUUCCCUCUUCCUGUGUACCAGAGCCCAAUAACCAAAAAUGCAUUAGAAACCUGGAGAAAAGGUUUUCUUUUUUUAAUUAUUUUUUCUUUUAAAUCAAUUUGGAUACAUUUUAGUCAUGAACUAAGUAUUGAAUGUCAGCUAUGAAAUUCUAGUAUUCAGUUAUGGAAUAGAAAAUUCAUAGGUAGCAAAAUGUGUAAAGGAUUCCAAUCUAUAGUAAUUUGCUCUUUUGUCUUUGUAAUUUGUCAUUUUAGUCUUUGUAAAUUAUAAUAAUGAUAGCCUAUGACUCACAAAAUUGCACAUUUUCUAACUAAACUCAUGCCCCCAGAUAUGAAUUUUAUGCUUAGCACUAUAAAUACAUCCUGUAUCCUUUCAUCUGAAUGAAUUUUUUUCUCUUUAAAUAUGGGUUAUUGAUUCACUUUUAUUUGUAGUACUAUGACUUUUUUUUAUUUCUUAGGGAAAAAGUUACAUUUUCAAUGGAAGUUCUCCAUUUCCCUUUUUAAAUUUUUAACUGAUUUAGGCAAAAUAGUCCUUGUAUUAUCACUUCCUCUAGUCACUAUCUGGAAUAUCAGUGGGAGAGGGAGGGAAAGGAUGAGGGAUGCUUACACUUAGGAAGAUGCAGAUUAUAUAAUCUGAAUUUAGUUUGUAAUUUGAGUCAAGAUUCUAGGACUUUGGGAUCAGUUUCCGAUAGAGUAGAACAUAUCAACUAGUUCACUUUAUAUUGGGGCAUAUUUGCAUACUAGGAGAGCAAAGAACUCAUACUAUGAAAUUGUUCCAGUUAACUACUUUUGUGGUUAUCACUCGAUAAUUUUACGGAGUCAUCAUUUACACUCAAUACCCAACUAUUUUUAAAACUGUGCUGCACACUCCAUAUCCCACCCAACACAGGUUAAUUAGAUUACAUACUGUGACCACAACAGGACCAGUUGGAACUAUGUAUAUUUUAGCCUUGGAGGGCACACCUACUUUUCUGUGUCUUUUUUAAAGAAUAGAAAAGAUUUCCCCUAUAUUGUCUUUCUCCAAAAAAGUUUUUCUUACAGUAUCAUAUGAGUUUUCUAUGAGGUGUAACAAACUGCCAGAAAUAUAAUGGCUUACUACAACACACAUCUAUUGUCUCACAGUUUCUGUUGGCCAGGAGCUGUGCCUAGGUUCACUGGAUCUUUUACAAGUCUGCCGCCAAGGGUCAACCAGAGCUGUGUUCUCAUCUGGAGACUCCCAGCUAAGGCAGGAUUUUUCUUCCCACUCCAUGGUGAUUGACAGCAUUCAAUUUCAUAAUUCUAGAGGAUUUAUGAAAGUUUGCUUCUUCAAAACUAGCAAAGGAGAGAGGAACUUUAGAGUAAAUCUGUUUGGAAAACUUAUAUAAAAUCUUAUUGAAUAGAAGUGACAUCCAUUGCCUUCUCCAUAUUCUGUUGGUUAGAAGCAAGUCAUAGGUUCUGCCCACAUUCAAGGGGAAGGAUCUGAACCUUUGUUGAGAUUAUGGGGACUUUAAGUUUCAUCUGCUAUAUCACUGUAUCUAUAUUGAUGUUUAUCUGAAUGAAUAAUGAAGAUGUUUGGGUUCUCAAUAUAGUAGUAUAUAAAAGGCUUGCCUUGGUGAAUGAAAUAAAUACAUAUUCACCAAAGGCUUAUAUAGAUUGGGGAAGGAUUCAAAAGGAAAAUAGGGUUUCUAUUUAAUGCAUAUUUGAGUAUAAGCAUAAAAUUACUGCAGCUUUAACCAGUGAUCAUCUUAUGUUCCAAAAGAAUACAUCACUUUGGUAGCUGGGAUUUUACAUAUUUAUAGAUGUGAAAUCCACUGCGUUUUGCUCUCCUCUCUAAAAAGAGGAAAUAUUUGUACCAAAUUGAAGUGAUGCAUUGUCCACUUUCCCUUACUGAUUUGUAAACUUUCCUGCUUAUUUGUUA